AUCACCUGGAGUUCUUUAAGAGAAUAUGAGAAGCUUCGUGCCUUGGAUUGGGUUUCCCCUUCAUAUAGGCCACUGCAGCCCCCAUGGCUGCUGAAGGGCAAAAGGAAACACUGCCAGUUUUGCAGUCUUUCCCAGUUGUUAACAUUUCAUUCUACUUUCACUCUGUGUUUCAUGUUUCGUUAAAUAGUCUGCAGGGUUCUUGCAAGGAGGACUCAGUGGCUGUUGAGGAUGUGGCUGUGGACUUUACACAGGAAGAGUGGGCAUUGCUGGAUCAUUCUCAGAGGCAACUCUACAGAGAUGUGAUGAUGGAAAUCUUCAGAAGCCUGGCCUCAGUAGCUUCUCAAAACCUUAUUGACGGAGACAAGCUAUCCACUGAAAAUAUAAUGGUACGAUUCAUGAAAAAUGACACCUGGUCCUCCAUGGUAGGAGAAAUCUGUGAAUUGCCUGUCACUGAAGAUCAGAAUAACAACCAGAAAACACAUGUGAGCAUCAUGCUGCCUAUUUUUAACAGGAGGCGUAUGUUAGAGAACCUCUGUGAAAGUAAUGAAGACAAUCAUUGUGGCCAGACCUUCAGCCAGAUUCCGGAUCUUUCUGUGCUCAAAAGAACUCCUAUGGAAGCAUAUCCUUCUGAAUGCCUUGAGUAUGGAAAAUCCUUGAUGAAUCAUUCAUCACUUAAGCAUCAUAUCAAAUCUCUCUCUGGAUGCAGUGCCUAUCAGUGUAAGCAAUGUGGAGAAGCCUGCAGUUGUCCCUCUUACCUCAGCACUGCAGUGAGAACUCUUACUGGACAGAAAUCCUAUGAAUGUAAAAAAUGUGGCAAGGCCUUUAGUCAGUCCUCACACCUCAGUUCACAUAUAAGAACUCACAGUGGUGAGAGGCCUUAUGAAUGUAAGGAAUGUGGCAAAGCCUUUAGUCGCUCCUCACACCUCACUUCACAUGUAAGAACUCACAGUGGUGAGAAGCCUUAUGAAUGUAAGGAAUGUGGCAAGACCUUUCGUCACUCAUCAUACCUCACUGUACAUAGGAGAACUCACAGUGGUGAGAGGCCUUAUGAAUGUAAGGAUUGCGGCAAAGCCUUUAGUAACUCCUCAGACCUCACAGUACAUAGGAGAACUCACAGUGGUGAGAGGCCUUAUGAAUGUAAGGAAUGUGGCAAAACCUAUUGUUACUCCUCAAACUACACUGUCCAUAUGAGAACUCACAGUGGUGAGUGGCCUUAUGAAUGUAAGCAAUGUGGCAAAGCCUUUUGUCGGUCCUCAUCCCUCACUUCACAUACCAGGACUCACGGUGGGAGGCCUUAUGAGUGCAAGGAAUGUGGGAAAGCCUUUAGUCGCUCCUCACACCUCACUUCACAUGGAAGAACUCACAGUGGUGAGAGGCCUUAUGAAUGUAAGGAAUGUGGCAAAACCUAUUGUUACUCCUCAAACUACACUAUCCAUAUGAGAACUCACAGUGGUGAGAGGCCUUAUGAGUGUAAGGAAUGUGGCAAAGACUUUCGUCGGUCCUCAUCCCUCACUUCACAUAUCAGAACUCACAGUGGUGAGAGGCCUUAUGAAUGUAAGGAAUGUGGCAAAGCUUAUAGUCACUCCUCACACCUCAGUGCACAUAUGAGAACUCACUGUGGAGAAAGACCUUAUGAAUGUAAGCAAUGUGGCAAAACCUUUCGUCGGUCCUAGCACUUCACUGCAGAUAUAAGAACUCACAGUGGUGAGUGACCUUAUGAAUGUAAGGAAUGCAGCAAGGCUUUUAUCAGUUCUUACAGCUCACUAGACAUAUAAGAAUUCACAGUGGAGAGAGGCCUUAGGUAAGCAAUGUGGGAAAGUCUUUGGUUAUUCUUUAUGCCUCACUGAAUACAUAAGAAAUCACCCUGGAGAGAAAUAUGUUGAAUAUAUGGAAUGUGGGAAAUUUUGUUGUGAUUCCUAAACCUCAGUAAUCAUAAAAAUUCAUGGCUUAGAGAUGCUUUAUAAAUGUAAGUAGUUUGUCCAUGUAAAUGAAUUAUGAUGAAGAAACAACCAAUGGUUAAUUGCAGACAUUCACUUCACCCUUUAAGCCGCUACAAAUAAGGUCAGUUUCCUACCAGAACAACCCAGAUCUUCAUUGUCCCUCAAAACGAAAAUUUCUCCAGUUGUCCAUAAAUUAUCUGUUGGGGUUUUUGAAGUUAGGAUCCAAAGCAUAUUUCCACAUUACCUUUUUAUUUCUAGAUCUGCUUAAUCUGUCUUACAUAGAACAUUCUUCGGCUUGUCUUGUAAAUGUUAAAAUGUUUAGCAUUCUGGUACAGGCAAACCUGUGAUAGCCAGCACACAUGUAAGUCAGAAACCAGAGAAGAAAAACUCAUUGGGUGUUUAUGAUGUAGGAUUCUUAAUAGAGAGCAAAAGGAAAGUGAUAAGCACCCAGUAAAAGGUGGAAAAUACAGAAGACCUGGUAAAACAAGGCACUCCCAUCGCACUCUGGCUCUCUCAGGUUUUACUGUAUUUGUGUUAUUAUGAUUUUGUUUAAUUAGUCUUAUGUAUUUUUUGUAAUACAUUGAGUCUUGCACAGUUCUAAUAGAAAUGUAAUGCACAUAAAAGAUGUAAUUUAAAAUAUUUUAGCCUUAUUAGACACAUAAAAAUGUAAAUUUGAAAUUUGUAAUGAAGAAUCUUAUUUAAUCCAAUAUGUCCAUUUAUUGUCAAGGUAAAAAUUAUAAAUGAAAUUAAGCAAUAUGAAUUUAUGAGACAUUCAUAUUUCCUUUUUUGGUACUCCAUCUUCCAGAAUCCAGAAGCAGUACGUUUCAUAAAUGUUAUUGUUGAAAAGUAGACUCACAAUUCCAGGUUGCUCCAAGCAUACUUUUCUAAUAAUUAAAUCAAGUUUAUUGUUAUAUUUAAAUUAAUAAAAAUUAGAGUUUAUUCAGUUUCUUAGUUUCAUCAACCAGAUAGAUUGUUGAUACCUUAUUAGUGUUAUAAUGCAAAAGAAGUCCCUGGAUUACUUUGUACUUUCCUGUUCCAGAUCUGGAAUCAACCCUUUCUCCCCAAACGUCUGGUUCCUUUUUAAAAACCAAGGUGUGUGAAAUACAUGGGCUCGGUGAUCAACCAGAACCUGUUCCCAUUGAGUCAGUUUUGUCUCGGCCUUCCAGUGAGCAUAGAAAAUAGAUUAUUUCUUACAUAGUAAAUUCAUGCUUAUUCCUAAUAACAAAUGUAAGGUUAUAUAUGUAUUUAUAUAAAUAAAUAUAUAAAUGUAUAAAUUAUAUACAUAUAUAUACAAGAAAUGGUGCCGGACAAUGUUAAAUAUGCAAAAUUGUGCUGGACAGUGUUAAAUAGGGGAUCUAGGCUUUAUUCUGCCUGUUGCAAUAGGAAGGAGUCUUCAGGAUAGGUCUGAAUUCAGCCCCAAAGGGUAAGGUGAGGCAAGAGGUUUUUUAUGAGUUCUGGGUGUCAUGGGGCACUGGAAACUUACUAGUUUGAAGCUGGCAAGCAAAAACAUGCCAGGAAGAUGGGUUUCAAGCAAGAAUUGUAAUAGUUUUCAGAAAUGUUUCCUCACGGCUGAUUUAUUAGGCUAAAGCAGGGAAGAUUCCCGGGAUAAAAGUAAAUGGGCAAAUGUCACUUUCUGUUAUUUUGUAUUUGCAUUUCUUUUAAUAAAAACCUUGG